AUGUCUUACACCCACUGUCAUUUUGGCAACUCGAUGGUGAAUGCGGAUAUUUAUCUCCUUCAAAUUUGCGCAACACAGUUGUCUCCCACCUUAGUCUUACCAACAAUUUUCGAGAGAUUUCACGUCAUGGAGCUUCUCUCCAUGAAUCCUCUGCUGAAAUCGAAUUUUCUAGAAGGAGAACAAGAAUCCACUAUGCUAGAAAGCUGCCUAAUGUUUAUUGCUAGCCUCAUGUCUAUCAGGACCAACAUCGGUGCAAAUGAAUCUGAUCUUGAUCGAUUAGAAAUGGUAUCGCUGUUGUGUAUGAGUGACCGCACGCAUAGCCAGCUCAUGGAAUUGCUACCCAAAAAAUGCUGGGCACCCCAAAACAAAGAUUUUGACGCAAUUCUUGCUCAGGUCGCUGAUUACAAGGCUCGCAAUUUCGAAGCUAGUGGAUCAAAGCAGCAGGGAAUGUAUGCACCGAAAGCUGUCGUCUGGGAACAAAUACGAUCCCGUAUACCUUGA